GCCAAUCAGGCACCGGGUGAUAUUUUUCUUGAACGAUGGCCUCGUGUCAAUGCCGUGGUGAAGCGCAUCCUAAAUAUGGAAGAUGUGCCGCUUAUGGAUUGGCACGAUGUUUAUCAGAUAGCAGUGUGGGAGUCCAAAUCCCAUGAUCAUAUCCGAGCUUCCCUAACUGAAACUAUACGAGAAUACGUCCUCAAUGUUCUACAGGGUCUCCUGUCUAAUCAAGACGAAUCCUCACUGCUCAAGGCCUACAUAGUUCAAUGGAACAAAUUCGCCAAUCGCAGCGAAACUCUUUCGCUACCUUUUGGUCCAUUGAAAGCAAUGGGCGGACAACAGCUGGGCGAUCCCAACCGUCGUAACGCUCGCGAGGGUUCCGUGAAAAAAAUCAUGCUCGAGACCUGGAACAGUUGUAUAUAUGAAGUUCUUCAGCAAACGUUGCUAGACAGCGCAGUGAAAUUAAUUCAGAGUGACCGAUGUGGUCAACUUAUUGAUUCUUCUUUGGUUAUCGGGAUUAGUGAGUCCUGUGUUAUCCUGUCAGGUGCUCAGUCCACUAAAAAGCCCAAGUAUGUGUCCCAACUCGAACACGUUUACAUCGAGGGCACAAAGAACUUCUAUCGAUCGCGUAUCGCCGAGUUUGUACAGGAACAUGGAAUUCGUAGCUAUACAGAGUACGCUGGUCAAAAGCUCAUAGAAGAGGAGAUUCGAGGUCGACGUUAUCUGGAAACAAAAGCCGAGUACGAUUCCCUGUCCAAACUGAUGGAUGCUUGUGUUCAGCUAUUCGUGGUCGAUUACAUGGUAAGUUACAACCUAGAUACGGAAUAG